CUGAGUGCCUGUUGGUAGGAGUCCGCUUGGCGUUGGGUCUGGAGAGGUUUGGGGUGCUCUGGCAGUAGCUGAAGCAGGCGUCGGGGAGAGUCCAUAGGAAAGAAGUCGCCAUGGACGAUCAGGGCUGCCCCCGGUGUAAGACCACGAAAUACCGGAACCCCUCCUUGAAGCUGAUGGUGAAUGUGUGCGGACACACUCUGUGUGAAAGUUGUGUGGAUUUACUGUUUAUGAGAGGAGCUGGAAACUGUCCUGAGUGUGGCACUCCACUUAGAAAGAGCAACUUCAGAGUACAACUCUUUGAAGAUCCUACUGUGGACAAGGAGGUUGAGAUUCGGAAAAAAGUCCUAAAAAUAUACAAUAAAAGAGAAGAAGACUUUCCUAGUCUAAGAGAGUAUAAUGAUUUCCUGGAAGAAGUGGAAGAAAUUGUUUUCAACUUGACCAACAAUGUGGAUUUGGAUAACACCAAAAAGAAAAUGGAGAUGUAUCAAAAGGAAAACAAAGAUGUCAUUCAGAAAAAUAAGUUAAAGCUGACUCGGGAACAGGAGGAAUUGGAAGAGGCUUUAGAGGUAGAAAGACAGGAAAAUGAACAAAGAAGACUGUUUAUACAAAAAGAAGAACAACGGCAGCAGAUUCUAAAAAGGAAGAAUAAGCAGGCUUUUUUAGAUGAACUGGAGAGUUCUGAUCUCCCUGUUGCUCUCCUUUUGGCUCAGCAUAAAGAUCGAUCUACCCAGUUGGAAAUGCAACUUGAGAAACCUAAACCAAUAAAACCAGUGACAUUCUCCACAGGCAUCAAAAUGGGUCAGCAUAUUUCAUUAGCACCUAUUCAAAAGCUUGAAGAAGCUCUAUAUGAAUACCAACCACUGCAGAUAGAGACAUGUGGACCACGAGUUCCUGAGCUUGAGAUGCUAGGAAGACUUGGGUAUUUAAACCAUGUCAGAGCUGCCUCUCCACAGGACCUUGCUGGAGGCUAUACUUCUUCUCUUGCUUGUCACAGAGCGCUACAGGAUGCAUUCAGUGGGCUUUUCUGGCAGCCCAGUUAACCUUUAUUUCUCCUUUCUAAGAUUUGGACCCAGGAGCCGAACCAGGGAGCUAGCAAAAGUAAAGCAGGCGUGUAAAAGGAGAGCCCUGUGCAGCUGCCCAACAACAGUGCCACUGCUAGCAGCUGUGUUAAAGUAUUCGUGAGAAAAUUUCAGAACUCAGCUGAGUAAUAUAGUGGAUAAAUAUAUGUGGAAAAGAUUUAUUUUUUACUUGUAUUUUUCUGAGAGGGAUUGAAGCAUUUAUGUAAACUUCAUCUGAUGGAAGAUAUGAAUAAUUCACCUAUGUAUGCUUGAGGUUGACAGACUUGUAAAAUCUUUUUAAAAAUAAAGCUAGACUUUAUAUUAAGUUUUGUGGUUUUUCUCUUAUUACAGUGUUUUACUUGAACACGUUUUAAAAUGCCAUUUUGAAUACGACAUUUAGUGUUAAUAUCCAAGCCUAUUAUUUCAUCUCAUAAAAUGUUCCUUUUUUCCGCCCUAUGUUCUUAAUACUAGUCCAGACAAGUGGAUAUAUUUCCUUCUACCAGCAGGUUGUGGCAAGUAAAACUUGACCUAUGAUAAUGCCACUCUCUCAAUAUGAAGGACUCAGUGCCUGUUUUGAGCAGUGGAAAGUGAGACAAACCUUGAUCAAGGUGUUAUAAUUCCCAGCUGUGAGCCACACUUAGGAUAAACCAGACGAGAGUAUUAACCUGCUUUAAUGACAAAUUCAAAGAAGUAAGUUAAUAAAAUUUAAUACUUAAAUGGCACCUUUCACUUCAAAUGUGAGCUCAUUUUAUGAUGAAACCUUGGAGACUGGAAUGGAUACAUUUUAAACAAAAUUUUUCUCAGUAAAUUGCAGACUCUGAUAUAGUUUCUGUUGAAACUUCAAAGACUUUUAGUAUACCCAGGAUUUUGCUUAGAGUUGGAUGUGGAGAGGAUGGAUAUUUGUAGCAUCUCAACCUUAUAUGAAUCUGUUAUAUAGACCACCGUGUAUGGGACAUAGUUUCUCAAGGAAAUUAAGGGAUUUCCUAUCAAAUGUCCAUUAUAACAGAUGUUAAUUUUAUGGGAGGAGUUAUGUGAAACAAAGUUUGUGGUUACAUUAGGGUGGAAUAUCCACAGGUAACAGCUCCAGCUUAUUUGCCUAAGCAGGUAUUAAUUUCAGGUACAUCUUCAUCUUUAACUAUAGAUGACCCUUGAACAACACAAGUUUAAAUUGUAUGAAUCCACUUGUAUGUGAAUUUUUUUUUAAUUUACCUUAUAUUUAAAAAAAAAAAAGAUUUUAUUUAUCUAUUAGAGAGAGAGAGAGAAAGCACAAGCAGUGGGAGUGGCAGGCAGAG